AUGGCAGCUCCCAAAGCCAGCAAAGCACCCUUCAAGGUGCGUUUCGUCCCGUUGAUGAUUGCAUCGACCAUCGCGGCCGGUGUGCUCUCCAGGUUGACGGCCUUGAACACGGCCACGGCUCUCAUUUACAUCUACUCCAUCGCCAUUCCAGCCUACGUCUUCUACUGGUCGUACCUUUACCCUUAUUACCUCUCGCCGCUGCGACAUGUCCCCACGGUUCCCGGCACUCCUCUUUGGGGACAACUAUUCGACAUCAUCAACAAUGAAGUCGGUGUCUGCCAGCGUGAAUGGCACAAAAAGUAUGGCCCCAUUGUUCGAUACUUCUUCCCGUUGGGCACGGAGAGGCUGUCGAUUGCGGAGGACUCGGCCCUCAGGCAAAUGACGGUCAAAAACCCGUACAACUAUCCUAAACCAGUCGGGGCGAGGAAGUGGAUGACUCGAAUUUUGGGAGAAGGAAUUCUGCUUGCAGAAGGCAAUGCCCAUGUUCACCAGCGCAAGGCCCUCACUCCCGGUUUCUCAAUCGGUUCCAUCAGGACGCUUGCUCCCAUUUUCUGGCGCAAGGCCUUCCUUCUGUCCAAGCUGUGGGAGGAGGAGAUCGCCCAGAGCAAGACGAACACCAUGUCCUUCGAGGUCCUCGAGUGGCUUAACCGAACGACACUAGACAUCAUCAGUGAGGCGGGUUUUGGUACCGAGGUUAACUCGCUGGAGAACCCGGAUACCCCUCUGCGAGAGGCCUACCGGAAGGUCUUUGUGUUCGACACAGCCAGCCGGGUGAUGCAUGGGCUGCAGACUCUGUUCCCCAUGACCAAGUACUUGCCGGUCAAGAUGAAUCGUGACAUGGAGACAUCCCGGAGCAUCAUUCUGCGUUCCGCGACCAAAAUCAUCAAGGAAAAGCAGGCCUCUGCGAAUCCAGCGGACAAGGACAUCCUCUCCCUCUUGGUCCGUGAUAACCUCAAACUACAGGCUGCCGGCGAGACAGGCCUCAGCUUCGAGACGAUGAGGGAUCAAGUAAUGACCUUCCUGGGUGCCGGACACGACACGACCGCCACGGGGGUCGCCUGGACGUUGCACCUUCUCAGCAAGCAUCCAAACAUUCAGACCCGGUUGCGCGAGGAGAUCCGCACUCACUUCCCCUUCCUUUUCGACUCUGCCACUCGGGAAACCUUUGACACGAGCAAGAUCGACCCGGACCAUCUCCCAUACCUAGACAACGUCUGCCGGGAGUCACUGCGGUACAUUCCCCCGAUCCCCAUGACGGUGCGGGAGCUGGUCGAAGACGACCAACUGGGUGAAUACACCGUGCCCAAGGGUACGACCGUCCUGGUCUACUCCAACGCCAUCAACCGGCUGCCCGAAUACUGGGGUCCGACCGCCGACGUCUUCGACCCAGACCGAUGGGACAACCUUCCGGAGUCGUACACUACCAACGCCUUCAUGACUUUCUUGCAGGGGCCUCGCGGCUGCAUCGGGCGCAAAUUCGCCGAGACGGAGAUGAAGAUCCUGCUCUGCGUGCUGCUUAGCAAGUUCAGCUUCGCGCGGGACGAGUCUGUGCAGGAUCCCGAGGAGCUGAAGAUGUGGCGGCUGGUCCUGCGGCCGAGGGACGGUAUCUUGUUGAAGGUGUCGAAGCUUGAAUAA